AUGCAGCAAUUAUUAGAGUCCCUACUCAAUCGCAGUCCUCUUCUUGGCCAGCUGCUCAGCUUUGUUGACAUGGCCGGCCUUACACAUUUCAAGAUCGCGCCCCGGACACCACCCCCGUCCCAGGGCGCCGACUCUAUGCCUGCACAUGACAACUGCGCCGCCAUCGCUAGCCACACAUUACCAGCUGCUCCCAUAUCGCCUCCCGACAACACAAGACCUAGGAAGCGAAGACGCGUGAAUCGCAUCACCCGGCCUGAGCCUGGUUCCCUGUACGACAUCCUGCACGAGAACCAGGGGGAGUCGCUAUUCGUCAUCCCAAUAUGUUGGCAAGAUCAGCACGCCCGUCUCCUGGGCGUACAAUGGGACCACCACCCGACCGUCCGCAGACCGGUCCCUGACUUCAACUCCAUGUCCUCCAAGUACCCACCACGUCCGACAAAGGUCGCGACCGACCUGAGCAGGGACCUCACCACCGUCUUGGCCUCGGAUCCCAGCCCGCUUCAGAUCGCUGCACUCAAGAGUGUCAUGUCGACACUCUUCCCCUCCACACUGUCGAGGGCAAGGUCCGAACUCAAUCUUGAGAUUCGCUUUGGGGACCAGGUGCUGAAACGCGGGGUGCGCGUCCCCAUCGUAUGGAAGCAGUACGACCAGAACAGCCGAUCCUUUGACAGCGCCUCCACAAAGGUCGCAAGCUCCUACGGUCGCAUACCGGGCAGCAAUCAGCAGUCUUUUGCGAGCCAAAACACCGACUGGAGUCGCAGCAGUUCUCAGUCGUGGUCAGAUCAGCCUGUCCUGGCCUUCAUUAACAGGACUCAUCUGCACCAGGUGCGCAGCAACCUGUACCGUGUGCUGCCCGGUCCGAACAACAGCGUCAACGUUCCGGUCGACAACCUUCAGAAGCUACGAUGUAAACGCCUCGUCCCGCAAAAUGCCGACCAAGACUCCUAUCUGGUCGCCAUUAUGUUGGCCAUCGCGCAGUGGCAAUGCUAUCCCCAGCGCUCGAGGCAUUCUUCGAGAUGGUCGUCACAGAACUCAUCCCAGGCGUCUCAACCGGGUCAAGAGUCAUCCUUACCUCAGCCCGAGUUUCGAGAUGUUCCGGUCAAGAUCAUCACCCAAGACCAGGGCGCGGCCGAGUUUGUCAUCUACAGUGCUGUUGUCACAUCAGUCUUUCUCAAACGAUUUGCCUGCCCGUCGAAAGCUCCCGAAGCCACAGGCAUUCAGGACGGCGGUUUAGACAUUAAGGUUACCAGAGUACAGAUCUGGCCUGUCCUCGGUCUGAAGGAACGACUCGCCAAGGCACUCGGCACCGAGAUUGCUGGUGACCUGGCUUGCCACGACACGGCUGAUACGGAUAUCGAGACGUGGGAGACGGAGCAGGAACGUGCCUUUCGCCUCGGUAACCUCAAGAGGAAGAGAGAGGCACUGUCGGAAGUAUUCAACAAAAGCUUUGAAUCCACCGAGGGUGCCUCGCCCGUCACUGUCGGCCUCGAAUCGGGUCUGGGUAUCACAGUCGCCUCACCCCCAGUUUCACCGCGGACGCCCAAACGGAGACGUACGCAGUCGAAUACGCAAUUGGAGGUUUGCUAG